GGCAGUCGGGCAGUCGAGCGUGACCACCUGGCAGUACCGCCAUCGAGAGCGACGUCGUUGCUUUUUCAGCAAAUAAAAAUUCCGCCCUGCAGCUGCUCCGAUCCUCGGAGAACCGCUUGGCUGGUAUAUUUCGGCUCUCUCUCCCUCGUUGGCUUUUGUAACUCGCGCACUCGCGAGUCGUAUUUUAUAGCAUUCGUUUCAGUUAGUUUCGUUGUUGAAGUGCUCGGUGGACUCAUUUGUUAUUGUUUGUCCUCCGAACCGGCGACAAAAGGAAAAAAAAAAAAAAAAAAAAAAAAAUACUUACUGCUUGUGCUUCGAGUGCGGAAUUACAACAAGGGUUACAACACCCGAGAUUUUGAAAGUUUAUAAGCGCGAGAAUCCGACCGAUGUUGUACUCCAAAGAAAAAACAGACGGGUGACAUUGGAUUGUUGCGUAGCUCGUGUAAAUCGUUAACGGAGCACAGCAACCACAUUAUACGGGCUGUAUACAUGAAAGACCACCGGCAUUUUUACGAAUAAGUUUCGGGCGGAGCCGGUUUCCAUCAUCGGAGAGUGUGAUGCGUGUUACAUAUAACUAUAUCGAGACAAGGACGAGCCCGAGAGAGUGAGCCUAUAGCAGACGACGACCACCCGGCACCUCCGAGUGAAAAUAUACAUGCUGAAUUACACGAAACAGAGGCAUUAACAACAAAUUAACGAAGGAGUCGCGCACUUGAUAAAAACGGCAGGUGGCUAUCAGAGGCUGUAUUUUGCGUGAUCGCGUCGAGAGGGCCCGGACAAUUACGUACAACUGUAUUAUACGUACAUGCCAUCGUACAGGUGACACGCAACCGAAAACGAAGACCAAGACGACGACGACGACGACGUCAAGGAAGAAGAAGAGGAAGAGGAGCUGAGGGAGACCGGAAGGAGCAGGAGGUGGUGGUGGUGGUGGCUGGGACGAGCGGAACCCCUUACGGCACGGAGCAGAUAUAUAAGCCAACAUGACGAGCAUAGUAGCGACGCUGGUUACCGGCUACAGGGACAUGAUGGACAACAAGUCCGAUCCGAGGGUGCGCGAGUGGGCGAUGAUGAGCUCGCCCUUCCCGACGGUCUUCAUCUGCCUGUCCUACGCCUACUUCAGCAAGGUGCUCGGCCCGAGGAUAAUGGAGAACAGGAAGCCCUUCAACCUCAGGCGCAUCCUCAUAUUCUACAACCUCGCGCAGACCGUCUUCUCCACGUGGAUAUUUUACGAGUACUUGAUGAGCGGCUGGGCGAGAGGCUACAGCUUCCGGUGUCAGCCGGUCGACUACUCGAACAACUCCCAGGCCAUCCGCAUGGCCGCGACCUGUUGGUGGUACUACUUCAGCAAGUUCACCGAGUUCUUUGACACCCUGUUCUUCAUCCUGCGCAAGAAGAACCAGCACGUCUCGACGCUCCACGUGAUCCAUCACGGUAUAAUGCCCUUCUCGGUCUGGAUGGGCCUAAAGUUCGCCCCGGGCGGCCACUCGACCUUCUUCGCUCUGCUCAACACCUUCGUCCACAUAAUCAUGUACUUUUACUACAUGAUCGCAGCCAUGGGCCCCGAGUACCAAAAGUACAUAUGGUGGAAAAAGUACCUCACCACCUUCCAAAUGGUUCAGUUCGUGAUGAUAAUGAGCCACCAGUUCCAGCUGCUGUUCACCGAGUGCGACUACCCGCGGAGCUUCAUGAUCUGGAUCGGCUUGCACGGUCUGCUGUUCCUCGGGCUCUUCUCCGACUUCUACAAAGCCAAGUACACGGGCGACGGCGGGGAGAAGCGCCACGCGCGCACCAACAGUAGUAAAAACAACACAAACAACAACAACAACGGCGCGUGCAUGCCCGUCUUGGAGGACGAGUGCGCGACGACGACGACGACGACGACGACGAUGGUCGGCAACAACGGGACGGUGAAACAGCUCAGACAGAACGGCGUCUCGUCGUACGCGACGAUCUAUACCAAGGAGUACAACAGUUGCUACAGCAGCGGCACGAACAAUGGUUACGUGGCGAACAACAACGCGAGCGAGAAGAAGCUCGCCUAAUCCACGGGGUCGGCGGCGCUCGCUACGACGAGGCGACGCGGCAACAACAGGCGCAGGAGGGCCUCCAACGUCGCGGGUGCUCGGCCUCAGCAGCAGCAGCAGCAUCGAGACACUGUCGACGACAGGGGUAGUGCCCAUAGGCAUUAAGUGCACCAGGACUCGUUUGGGGCUUGUUUAUCCUUUUUGCAUCACUCCUUCUUGCGUCGUUGUACCGUAUGAUGUAUCGUUGUUACCGUCGUGAGUUUUGUUUUUUUUUCUCUUUUGUGAUUCCAACGCGUUGGAGUGCUGUGUCAAGAGACGCCUGUGCGCGAAGAGAAUUGUCUUGUUUAUUUAUUGGUGUUGUUACUUCGCCGAAUGCAUUUUCACGUCGUCGUCGUCGUCGUUUUCGAGUACGCAUAUGUAUAGGACAAAUUGGUUCGUGCGUUUCCUCGUUGUGCCGGACAAUUUCUGGCAACUAGAAGUAAUCAAGCAUAGUUUUUACUGCGAAAUAUUUAUCUAUCGAUAAUGAAUGAUUGUUUUGGGGAAAACAUAGCGAGGGACAUUUUAACUAUAUGCGGGAGACAUCAGCGAGUAUUUGGUGAUGAUCGUUGAUCGAAGCUAUGGUGUCGAGAGUGCGGCUGGUCAGCUUACUGGAUUCGUGGAGAUGCAUCCGCAGAAUAUAUAUAUUUUUUUUCUUUUAUUUAUUUCAUUGCGUGCUUUUGCCCAUAACUUGAGAUGUAUAUAUUGAUAAAAUGAUACAUUUGUUGGGCAAACUAUAGAGAUAUCAACGUUAUUUUAACUAAAAUAGAAGUGACGUUGAGAUGGAAAACAAAUUUUUAAAUUAACAUAAGGGUGAUUAAAACUUUUUAUAAACUGAACGAGGUCAUUCUGAUAAUACUUACAAGUUGACAUGUAAAUUAUAAAACGUUGUAUUUGUACAGUUUUUAAGUACUGCGUGUUAAACGAAAAAAAAAAAAAAAAAAAAAAAGUAUUUGUGUUUUAAGGAAUUUCGUUAAUCUUUAGAUUAAGAUGCAAUUUCUUUUCUAUACUUAUAAGUUGUAAGUUAAUGAUACGUGGUUGAUUAUUAAUCGACAAGUCUUUUAAAAAGCACAAAAUUAUUGGUACUACUUUUCAAAAGUACGAUUUUAUAUUUUUUUGUGAUUGUUACUAGACGAAAAAAAAACUAAACUUCUAAUCAUAAUAUAAAUUUAUAGUUUUUAAAUGAAAAGAGUUGGUUACACCUUUCAAAGUUUAGUACGUUAUGUAAGGAUUGUUAUCAGCUGUUGAGACAACAAAUUAAACUUUGAAUAAGUGUGCAAUAUCAGCCGCACCUUGACAUCUCAAGUGCUGUACAUUAUUUAACAAUAGGAAAGUGAUUAAUCAUUAUUUGUUUCAUCGAGUAAGUUUUUGUAACAGCGAGUGCCUGUCCGAGUGCGCAUCCAGUUUCGUGAGCUAGCUAUGAUAAAUAUUACGUGUGCGUAAAUACAAAGAAAAUAUUCUCGUCGUAAGUACGUGUGUUCAUUAAUCCUCUGCUUGUUGAGCGAAAAUAGAACAAAUUGAACAAAAAAAAAAAAAAAAAAAACAUGCUUGAGGGAACGCGAAUGCCUCAUUGUGCAUGUGCGUUGGUUCAAGCAAGAAAGAUUGAUCUACUGCUUGGUCUGGAUGUGUUCAUCGAUAAACAUAAAGAUACAGAUGGUACAUGAUAAGGUAAAUUUAAUGAUAAUUGAAGAAGUAAAGAAAAUCUGUAAGCUUUGGUGUCGUCCUAGAAAAUAGAAUUUAUCAACAAAAAAAACGUGAGUGCUCUCUCAUUAUUUUAAUUCUUUUAUUUUUCGAACUGUUUUUUUUUCCACGUAAGUAAUAUCGGGUCGACUGCGUAGCUUUUUGCUUGGAUUUGUGUGACUUUUGAAAAUUUGUCUGUAUUAUGCAAAGUGAACAAAAAUGAAAAAAGUGAUUUUUAAGCUACUUUUCUUUUUAUUAUUAUUUUUUAAACGGUGCGCUUGUGGUGAAGUGCAACUUUUUACAAUUUUGUACAAUAAUUAGUGUUUAAAAAAAACGCUGCUUGCAAAAGUAGCUGUUUUUAUUGGUGGCUAAUGACAUAUUUAUCUGUUUAAAACAAAAUGCAUCGCGAAAGUUGUGACAAAAAAAAACGAGUACGCGAUAAAUAAUUGUUGAAUACAAUAGUGAUGUUUUAAAGCAAUCAAGACUAGCAUUUAUUGAACUAUGUGUAUAAAUAACUAAAAGUCGAUUGUUUUAAAAUAGGUUUCAUUGCAAUUUCAUUUGUUUUAAACUUCCUCGUGCUAAAGAAAAAAAAACUUUAUACUGAGAGUCAUUGUAUAUGAAAUUUUAUUUCCUAAACGAAGAUCAUCGUCGAUCAACGUCGUAUAUAUAUAUAUAUAUAUAAGCGUAAGAGUCGUGGUGGCAGUUUUCAUAUUGUCACAUUCCAAUAAACUCUAAACACAACAAAGAGAAAUGUGAUGAGAUGACAAUUACCUUAACGACAAAGAAUAAAGAUUCUUUUCGUUUACGUCGUUGUGGACACUCAUUAUAAAAUCUGUUACCGCUAGUUACAUAAAGUAAAAAAAAAAAAAAUUAAUGCAAAACAAGAUAUCUAUAAAUAUAAGAGUAUGCGCAACUUGUGCAUAAGAUAACAAAGAUACGAGAAAAAAAAACAAAUAUUAAUAGUAGGUAAAUACACUUUACGGUGAUUUGUUGAUAAUAUGUUCUUGGAAAUGUUCAUUGGAAGUCAUUUUUCAAAAAUCACCAUGUAUAGAAAGGCGUUUGUUGACAAAUUAACGUCGACUCGAAAUAUGCGUUGAAGAUUUUAAAAUUUUACGGAUAAUUUGUAUUAAUUUUAAAAUCUAUGAAGUUUAAUACAUGAUUAUUGAUGUUUUCACUAAUUGUACACCGUUUAAACCACAAAUACGAUAUGAAAGUACGCAGAAAAUUGUUUUUGACGAUACUUUGAGGCGUCGGGUUUCAAUAAAAUGUUUUGUCACACGAUGUACAACA